ACUUCAAUGAAAGACACCACCAGUAUUAUCUUUGUACCUCACUUAGUUUCUCAAUAAUGUUAUGUAAUGGUGCUUGUCCUUUCUGAUCUUGUUUUCAUCUGAUUUCUCUUUCAGCUCUCUUCUGUUUGAGCUUCAUUAGAAAUGGGCGAUAACACCAUUGGGGAUGGUACCCAAAAGCAAACAGUACCCCAACAAACUCAACAACACUUCUCGGCUUCAUCUCCUAUAGAGCCCCUAGAGUGUGCGAACCCCAAAAAACCUCGAUAUAACAGUAGUGAUAAAUGGAAACAAGCUCCAAUGGCUGAGUCAACUCAAGCUCGUGUCGCAGCUGGUUCUUCCUCGGAUACUUAUUCGUCUCCGCCUCAUUCUCCAACCAUCAUAAAACCAGAAGGAGAUCAGUUUCAACAUCAGUUAAGGAAAGGAAAAUAUGUGAGUCCCGUUUGGAAACCUAAUGAAAUGUUGUGGUUAGCUCGGGCUUGGAGGAUUCAGUAUCUUGGUGGUGUUGGGGUUCAAGUUCAACCAUCUAGAGGUAAAACUAGGGCUGAUAAAGAUAAAGAAGUAGCAGAGUUUUUAAACAAACAUGGGAUUAAUCGAGAUGCAAAGACUGCUGGUACUAAAUGGGAUAACAUGUUGGGUGAAUUUCGAAAAGUAUAUGAAUGGGAAAGAGGUGAAAAAGAACGAGUUGGUAAGAGUUAUUUUAGGCUUUCACCAUAUGAAAGGAAACUCCAUAGAUUACCAGCUUCAUUUGAUGAAGAAGUCUUCGAGGAAUUGGCUCAGUUCAUGGUUCCUCGUGAUGGCCGCGUAGUUGGGUCCAGAGCUCUGCCUGUGCCCCCUCCUGUGAUGACGACAAGUCUUUUAGGGUUCGACACUGCACUAGACGGUGGUCUACUUGGCCAUCAUUCUCCAUCAUCUUCAAAAGAGCUUCGUAGGAUAGGGAAAAUAAGAAUGACAUGGGAAGAAUCAGUGACUUUAUGGGCAGAAGAAGGUGAACACCGUAGAGGAAGGGUUAAACUUCAAUGUUCAAGCUUUUUAAACGCAGAUGAACUCAUAUUCUUUGAUGAUGCCAUGGUUGGUUCAACAAUGGAAGCUUUUGAAGAUACCCCAUUAAAAGGUUUCUCCGUUGAUACAUUCGUUAAUGGACAACAAGUUAAAGUCUUUGGCCGGAGAAAGUCAGCUCAGCAUCCAUUUGUAGAACCUUCUAUUAGAUCAAUGCCUCCAAUGGAGUUCCAAGACCCUACGGAUUUCUACAUGGCGUGUCUUCGGGUUCCACCGACGACAUUACCGAGCUUGUUCGAGCUUUCAUGGCAUUUACAAGAGCCACCACCGGAGGAUUAUCGGUUUCCGUUAAGGCGAGAUGUUUACCGAGAUAUACCACCUGGUAAAGAAGUUAUGUUUACUGCUUCUAGUGAACUGUUAGAUUGUAGAGCUAUGGUAUAUGAUAUUUUGGGACCGAUGAUCCGCACAAACACUAGUCUUAGUGCUGCUAGUGCCACGGGCCGAGACUCGUUUAUUGGACUUUGGGAUGAUUGCAUCAAUAGGGUAGUCUCGAAAUUUUGUUCGGUCGAAAUGGUUAUUAUCCGAAAACCGUCUUCACCGUCGACUGAUCAGCCAUUGCAGGACCGAUGGCCAAAUGUGACGGGUUUUGUUAAAAAUUUCUGCUUGUGGAGGGGAGAGGAAACUGAUCGAUCGAGGGAAGGUCAGCUUGAUCCAUCAUCAACUAUAGUGGAGAAGUUGCUAUGGAGUUACAUGGAUCUUCCUUACAUUUUAGGGUAUUAUGCUGUUGGGUAUAUGGUAACAUUUUGUGCGCUAAGCCGAUCGGAAGACCGUGUUAUAAUGACCGAUUUAUAUUCGGUUGAUUUGUCGUUCCCCUCGGAGAGACUAAAAGCACUAGUGCCUUGUUAUAGAAUAGCUGGCCUGUUGCCUUUGCUAGCUGAUCGAUGCUUAAAUAGCGUCUUGAACAUGCAAUUCCCAUUCAGCGAUUUUGAAAGGAUCAAUUUAGGCAACGGAGAUAUAAUCGAAAUGACACCAAACACGGUAACGAGAUCGUUCUUGAGCAAGAAAAAGUGGGCGAUGGUGAAAGAAAUAUACGACAUGUUAGAUCAACGAAUCCCGCAUGCCGAAUUCAUUUAUCGAGCAUCCGAGAUAGACAGCACGUUGGUAUUCAAGCCUAGAGGGUGCAAGUUCAAGCCACUUAACUAUGACCAGCUCGUAGAAGCUCUCAAAUACGUGACAAAAGCAUUAGUAGCCUUGCAUGACCUAAGCUUCAUGCAUAGGGACUUAAGCUGGGACAAAGUUUUAAGAAGGUGCAACGGUGAAAACGAAUGGUUCGUCACCGGGUUCGAUGAAGCUGUGGGCGCACCACAAAUAUACCCACACCCGGUUGCAAGCACGGAGGCGCGCGGAACCCAUGCACCAGAGAUGGUAAGGGGUUUACAUGGGGUGAAAGUGGAUGUGUGGGGUGUAGGUCACUUGGUCAAGACCUGUGGGUUAACGAACUUGCCAAAAAUGCUGAGAGAGUUACAAAGCAGGUGCUUGGAUCAGAACCCUGACCAGAGGCCAACCGCAGCCGAUUGUUACCACCAUUUGCUGUCAGCUUCAUCAACUGCAACAUAUUGAAGUGAACAACACCAUAUUACAUAUUCAUCAACAAUGUAAUUAGUAUAUGGUGUAGUGUUUAUUAGGUUAUUGGGAUAGUAUGCUAUAUAACGUUAAUUCUUUUGGCAGUGGUAUUUUAGGGUGUAAUAGUACCUUAAAAAAUUGAAUGAGUUUGGUCUUUCCGAGGGAGGUUCUGUCACUGCUCAACUUGUGAUAUUGUCUGGGAUUUUGGGAGAGAAAUGGCGGCUGUAAGCUAUUCAACAGUCUUUUCUUAUCAAAUCAAAAUUAA